UGAAUAGAGUUGUUCGCGCUGGCAAACCUCCCGCCUCCCGUCGCCGCCGAAAACUCGACGAACUACGAACGCCGGUAGCCCAAUCUCGUCGAUCUUCUUCUCCGAUAGACUAUCUCCGGCCGAAAUUGGUAACUCAUAAUGGAGAACACCGUGAGCAUUAAUCCAGAAACACUGCCUCUUCCUCUAAAGAUCUUUGAGAUACCGGGAGAGCCUGCAGUUGUUAUCAAUGGUGUGCCUGAAGAACCUGAAACAGAUUGUGUAAUUGCCAAAGACGAGCCAAUAUCAAGUGGCACUGUAGGAAGCGGCGAGUGGCUUGAGGGUAGAGAAGUUCGGAAGUUUUUCUUGGGUCAGUACUAUUCUGGUACGGUGACAAAGUUCGACAAAGAUACUGGGUGGUACAUGGUUGAGUAUGAAGAUGGUGAUUCUGAAGAACUUGACUGGUCUGAGCUAGAAGAGGUACUUCUGCCUUUGGAUGUUACUGUCCCACUCAGAUCAAUCUCGUUGUGGAUCAUCAAGAAUCGUCAAUCACAGGCCAAAGCAUAUGGACGCAUGUAAUAACGCUAGUCCAAGAACUCCAACACAAAAGGGUCUUGGCUUAUCGCGAAGAGUGAGUAUGUGUGAAGCAGGAAAGAAAGAUUACAUCCUUUAUGCCUUCAUAUUGGUAACAUUUGAAUAGACUGUUGAAAACUUACUUACUUAGAACCAAUGGAAUAGUAGAAACAUUAGUGAUAAAUAGCGUUUUUUUGUACAAUGAUCAUGAAAUUUCAAAAGUCAGACUUAAGGUUUUUGUUUGACAACAAAUUAGAAAAAUGAAUGAAGUUUCGUAUUAGUCCGGAGAAAAAAGAACUUUGGUACUAGAUAGCUAUGUUUUUGGAAGCGUUUAAUAAUUGUCUCCAACUUUUCAUAC